GCAUGACCGCGUGUGUUAACGCAGACCACGAUAAAGGGAGGUCUUCACCUGGGAGCGCGGCUGCUUUUGCGGUUUCUGCUUCUCCAUCCCAUCCUUUUCCGACGGGCUCGGCUUUGCGCGGGGCCGGGAUUCUACGGAAAGCAGUCGUUCUAGACAAAGGGCAGACAGCCGGGUUCGUGUCCUGGCCAGGCCCUGAGUGGGCAACCAACGCCAGCCGAGAUGACGGCCUUCCCCAACCUCAGUGUCCGCAGCAGCCUUUACCUCGCCAGCCAGCCACCCAUCCUACAGAGCUUUCCUCCAAGGCUUGCCGGGAAGCCGGACUUUUCGUGGUCAGGCCUCUGGGCGCCAGGACAUGUUUCCGGGGACCACUCUCAGCAGCGCACCAGCCGGAAGCGUCCUUGUUGUGGCGGAAGGAGAGGCUCUCUGGAAGCAGACGGUGGUGAAAGGAGCGUGGCAGGCAAAGAUGAUUCAGGCGAUUCUGGUUUUCAAUAACCACGGGAAGCCGCGGCUGGUCCGCUUCUACCAGCGUUUCCCAGAAGAAAUUCAGCAGCAGAUUGUUCGAGAGACCUUUCAUUUAGUUCUCAAACGGGAUGACAACAUCUGUAACUUCUUGGAGGGUGGGAGUUUGAUUGGUGGCUCUGACUACAAACUGAUUUAUCGGCAUUAUGCUACCCUUUACUUUGUAUUUUGUGUGGAUUCCUCAGAGAGUGAACUUGGGAUCUUGGACCUCAUCCAGGUUUUCGUGGAGACUCUGGACAAGUGUUUCGAAAAUGUUUGUGAAUUGGAUUUGAUCUUCCAUAUGGAUAAGGUACACUACAUCCUUCAGGAGGUGGUAAUGGGUGGGAUGGUCCUGGAAACAAACAUGAAUGAGAUCGUGGCUCAGAUUGAAGCCCAGAACAGGCUGGAGAAAUCCGAGGGUGGCCUUUCAGCCGCACCUGCCCGAGCGGUGUCCGCUGUGAAGAACAUCAACCUGCCAGAGAUGCCCCGGAACAUCAACAUUGGCGAUCUCAACAUCAAGGUCCCCAACCUGUCCCAGUUUGUCUGAGAAUGGAGGACAGCUGAACUGAGUCCUUGGAGCAGGCAGAGCCGAGCCAGCCCUGAAGCACAACCCGCUCUGUGCCCUCAAGGAGUCCAGCCUCGGGCCCUGGCCCCUGCUGUCCUGGAACAGGAAAGAGUCCUGUGUCCACUGCCAGCCUGUGCUCCCUUCUCACGCGUGCGGCCUUGCCCAUCUCUCGGACACACGGCCACUGCAGGUGUGAGGGGCCCUGGCUUCCUCAGUGGGGGUCAGGUGCUCAAGUCACAUACCCCCUUUCCCUCCCGUGUACAGCCACUCCAGGGGCUUGGGGACUGUAGUGAGAGCCCCCUCCCCACCCCGAUCCCAGAACCCCACCACGAGGAUGUGUGCUGACUCGAGGCUUCAACCUUGAGUUGAAGGCUCCCUGAGAUCCUGCAGCAUUGACUGUGAUGGCGAGGUGCCAUAGCUGGGAACAGAUUGACCCUCUAGAUCUGGGAACGUGGUGCGUGGCAAACAAGGACAGGAGUUUAAGGUGAUCCAGAGUGGCCUGCUGGCUCUCCUAGGGUUGGCACAUCCAGAAUCCUUUGGCACAGUCCAGCCUUGUUACCCCCACCUACGUUCCCCACAGCCACAGUCCCAGCUCUGCUUGCCCAGCUGUGUGUGUGUACAGGACACAGUCCAAAUUGUAAGCCUGUUGCUUGCCUGCCUGCACAUUUCUGCCCAUAGGGAGGGUACUCCCCAUAGCCAGAGCAGUCCCUGUCAAAGGGCUGGGGCCCCAUGUCUGUGGAAGGCAAAGCUGACAACACGUGGAACAUCUCAGAAUUGUGACUAUUCCAGGUUUAAAAUACAUUCUCCUCCCCAGGAGCAGAUGUGUCAGUUGCUGUGUUCUGAAUGAUGGGUAUUCUCUGUACAGGAAACCCACUGCAAUCUACACCAGCUUGUGGAGCAUGAGAGCCUGAGCUGGGGCCCCCUGUUCUGGACCUGGGUACACAGGCAGCGUGCUGGCUGAGACCUGCGACAGCGCAGCAUCUUUUCCCCACGUUCACAGGGUCCCUCCCUGAGCUCGCUGUGGAAACCUGUAAAUGUUUUCCAUGUGGUGAGGUCUUUGUUCCUGUGGUUAUCUUAGAGCUGGAGCUGCUCCUGGGAGCAGUGCCUCUUAGCCCUGCACUGCCUCUGGGCCAGGGCUCAGGUGCCUUGUUGAGCUGUCUGAGGUUAGGGAGCUCGCUGUACCACGCUGUUAAGUCUCCCAGCCUGGGGACUUCUCGUGCCUGCUGGCUGGUGGCCCAGACUGUUUCCUCAGGCCUCCUGAUGUCGCAGAGCCUGUCUGAGAUGUGCCCAACAAGACCAUGUGUCGGGUCACAUCUUCUCCCGCUUUGAACAGUGCUUCCUGUGGUGGGUGUCCUUUAUUCCCUGUAGCCUCUUAACUUCAGUCUUUCGGAACCUCUCCGAUAACCUCAGAGAUGGGCAUUGUUGCUCAGAAGGUAGAUGCUCUUAUGUGGGAAGAGAGAAAUGUAGGCAAAUAUAUCUAUCCAAGGUCAAAGCCUCUGAUGUUCUUUUCAGUUCAGUUCAGUCGCUCAAUCGUGUCCGACUCUCUGCGACCUCAUGAAUCGCAGCAUGCCAGGCCUCCCUGUCCAUCACCAACUCCCGGAGUCUACUCAAACUCAUGCCCAUCGAGUUGGUGAUGCCACCCAGCCAUCUCAUCCUCUGUCAUCCCCUUCUCCUCCUGCCCCCAAUCCCUCCCAGCAUCAGGGUCUUUUCCAAUGAGUCAACUCUUCUCAUGAGGUGGCCAAAGUAUUGGAGUUUCAGCUUCAGCAUCAGUCCUUCCCAUGAACACCCAGGACCCAUCUUUAAGGAUGGACUGGUUGGAUCUCCUUGCAGUCCAAGGGACUCUCAUAGUCUUCUCCAACACCAUAGUUCAAAAGCAUCAAUUUCUUUUAAAAAGUUAAAAAAAAAUUUUUAACAGACAUUUCAACCUAUUCACAUUCCUCUUUCAUAAUUUGCUUAAAGUGAAAUAGGAACAAAGAAGGAAAGUAGUAUUUAUUUUAUACUUUCUGUAAGAUGGCAUGAGCAAGAUCCUUCCACAGUCCUUACAACAGACAUUAUUAUCUCCCAUUCUGCAGGUCAAGAAAAUAAGACUCAGAGAGGUCAAGUAACUUGCUUUAGGUCACACAGGGCUAAGAGUUGAGACUGACUGCCUAAAUCCACGGUUCUUUUUUUUUUUCCACUGCUCAAGAUGGCUUCUCCCAAUUUUAUUUUCUUUCUUAUGGAUAAGGAAACCUCAAAAUUUUUAGAUAGCUUCUCAGAAGCUGUGAUUAAAAACAGCUUCGGUUUUCUAAAGUAGCCAGUGAGAGUAUGAAAGAGUGUAAGAACUGGAAGGUCCUCCCCAUGCCUGCAGUGAACUAAUGAGGAAACCGAAGCCCAGGGUGUCAUGUUGAGGGUCACAAAGCUAGAACCAAGUCUCCUCCUUUUUAAAAUUUUUAUUGGAGUAUAGUUGAUUUACAGUGUUGUGUUAGUUUCAGAUGUACAGUAAAGUGAAUCAGCUAUAUGUAUACUCA